AUGGUUUUAAAGAACAAUCUAGAAAAAAACCUAAGAGACUUGGAAAAUAGAAUUAAGGAAUUAGAACAAAGUAAUGAAAGGAUUUGUUCACAAUUCAACCAUUUAGAAGAAAAGGUUAGAGAGAGAGAAGAAGAAACCAAAAUCAAAGAAGAAAUUAUUGUAUAUUUAGAAGAAAAGCCUGUUCAAUAUCUUCUUGAGGAGUUAAUGAUAUGA